AUGGAGGGCACAGAAGUUUCUUCUUAUGGGGAUAUGAUCUUUGAAGCUAUCCUUGAAGACGGAAUUUUUCGAUUUGACUGCUCCACUGAUGAUCGACUUGCAGCAUUUCCAAGUUUAUCAUUUGUUGAUCCUCAAACAAGGGAAGUACCUAUUAAGAGUUCAAGGGUGCCCGAAUAUGUACCCAGUUUCGAAGCUAAAUGCGGGCAGCAAAAUGUUAUCAUUCAGGUAUGCUUUUAUUGGUGCUCGGUUCUUUUUUACUUGGUAUUUCUGAUUUAUGCCUAUAGAAAACAUAAUUUUUUUGUUCCUGGUUUACACGUUUCUUGUGUAGCUUCCUACUGGUUCCAAUUUUUAUGGAACGGGUGAAGUUAGUGGACCCCUAGAACGGACAGGGAGACGUGUAGGUUCCUAUUCCCUAGUUUCCAUUGAGAAAUUGAAACAAUAUAGUUACCUAUUUACUCUCUAUGCCUCAGAUAUUCACGUGGAAUUCAGAUGCAUGGGGCUACGGACCAGGAACUACAUCCCUAUACCAGUCUCAUCCCUGGGUUCUGGCCCUUCUCCCUGAUGGGAAAGCGUUGGGCGUUCUUGCUGAUACAACCAGGCGUUGUGAAGUAGAAUAUUUCUUUUAGUUGUUCCACAUCCGUGCCUACCUUCAUACUCUACAGUGAUUGAUAUGUCUUCAAUAGGUAGAUCUGCGGGAGGAGUCCACAAUAAGGUUCGCUGCUUCAGUGUCAUACCCAAUCAUAACAUUUGGUCCAUUUGAGUCACCAACUGAAGUUCUGACACGUCUUUCUCGUGCAAUUGGUGAGCUUUCCUUGAAGCCAUUACUCCAUUUAAUUAAUGCUCUGUUUCACGCAUAAUGAUAAAAUACACAAAUCUUUUUUUCUUUUUAUCUGAGCCCCAGACUGUCGUUACGUGAUUGCAUUUGAUACUAUUAUAGUCAUCAGACAUCUACAAGACGUAAAUAUAUGCCCCUAGAGUCCUUAAAUCCUUUUAUACUAAAAACUAUUUCAAAAAUGAUUUGUUUCAAACUCCAUACUACAUUUAACCCAUUGCAUCACAAUUUGAAAUUGAAUUUUUGCGAAUUCAUUAUGGAUUAGUAUACCAUCUCAUCUUUUUAAGGUACCUUUGACAGUCUCGUUACAGUGAGUCAUUUACUGCUGCGUUUUUUUUCUUUUUCUGAUGCAUUAUUCUGCCCCUUUCAUUGUUUCUUCAUGUAGAGAAUUUUAGGUUGGUAUUUUUUGAGUUUUACCUCGCCUUUUUUGAUCAUGUUUUUAAUUAUUUCCCUGUUAUCUGCUACUAACUGAAGGCUAUGUUUUUUCCGUUGUUAUCUCUCUAGGAACCGUUUUUAUGCCUCCCAAAUGGUCUUUGGGCUAUCAUCAAUGCCGAUGGAGCUAUGAUUCUGACAAGAGAGUUCUUAAGGUAGCUAAAACCAAAUAUUUUACUUUAUCAUCACCACAUUACCGGUUGUUUAUGGUUCUUUUUUUAAAUUGCGAAUAAUAAUGAUCUUUCAACAGUAAACAUCAAUCAAGUCUUCUGGGACUUGAUUAAUCCUGAGGCCCUUUAAAGAAGAAAUUCCGUUAACUUUAUCAAUCAAUCCUGAAGACCACAGCUCUGGGCCAAAACAUUUCCAUAUCAUGAGUUUUUAUCUUUGCAGAUUGCUCAAACAUUUCGAGACAAAAGUAUGCCUUGUGAUGUCAUAUGGAUGGACAUUGAUUACAUGGAUGGUUUUAAAUGUUUUACUUUUCACAAGGUAUGCAGUUUCUAACAGGAAUUUUCUCCUUACUCAACAGAGCAACUUCAUCGUAAUUACUUGAUUGAAAGGUUUCAUAUGUUUUGCUAUGAUACAGUGCUAGGAGGAAUUCCCAUUCCAUUAUAAUAACAUUAUUUCGUGAUAUACGUGAUCUCUCACUUAAAGGUCCUAAUUCAACUUCUCAUACUUCAUAAUGCUCUCUGUACUAUGAAACAUAUUUGUUUAGCUUACUGCGGAUUUUACUAUGAGUUUUGAAAUUUUCUUAUCAUUGAAACAUCUAUUAUUCUAUUAUUUAUUUACUGUUUUAUGAUUUACUGAUUGAUUGAUUUCACAUUAAACUUAAUUAUUUCAUUCGUCCUGUAUGAUUAGCUCCGCUUAACUUGCGUCUUACCCUCUCCAAUUGGACCUUUUUUAAAGUCUGUUUUUGAUGCCCAUUCCUUAGUUUUAUGCACAUCAACGCAGAAAAAUAUAUUUUAUCCUGUAGGAUUUUCAUUGUACUUUGGUCUGAAGAUAAAAGAGAGGGUGAAUGUCGAAAGGCCUUUAGGUUCAGUGAGGGUGAACGGCGGAAAACUCUGCCAAACUAUUGGAUCAGACGUGGUUCAUCCUUAGUAGACAUCUCAUUGGCAAACACGCCCAUGUAUUGAUGAAAUAUCUUGUCCUCACCCUCGACACAUUGCAUAGCAUGUCCAUGGUUAAUCCUAAUUUUUUUUUUUGCUUCAUAUUGAAUCUUACGAUUGUUUCUUGAUAAUGACAUGACCUUUCAUGCAUUAAUGAAAAACAACCAUUUUUAAAUUAUUCAUCAGCAUAAAGUUUUUCUCUUCAAUGAUUUCUCAGGAGCGUUUCCCUGAUCCAAACUCCCUGUUCGAUGACCUGCAUUCCCGCGGGUUCAAUGCCAUAUGGAUGCUAGAUCCUGGAAUUAAACACGAACCAGGCUAUUUUGUUUAUGACAGUGGCUGUGAAAAUGAUGUUUGGAUUUUAAAAGAAGAUCAAAAGCCCUUUGUUGGUAAGCACACUAAGCAUUCGGGUGUUGUGACAUUACAUCUUUAAAAGUGCUAAACAAUUUUUGUGUCAUCGUUAGGGGAUGUAUGGCCUGGACCUUGUGUUUUUCCCGAUUAUACACGAGAAGAAACACGCGUAUGGUGGGCAAAGCUAGUGAGGGAUUUCAUCGCCAAUGGUGUGGAUGGCAUAUGGAAUGACAUGAAUGAACCUGCAGUUUUCAAAGUAAAAUUUAGCUCUACGAUUCAUAACUUCCAGUUUUUGCGGUCACCGUUCUGACAAAUGAUAUUUAUUCAGGUUGCAACAAAAACGAUGCCUGAAAGCAACAUUCAUGGAGGAGAUGCUGAACUGGGUGGUCGUCAGAAUCACUCUCAUUACCAUAAUGCAAGUUCUUACUGAAUUAUCUUGCACUCUUUUCCAUAAUGUAGAUGUCACAUGAUAUGCAGUCCUUUUUCUAAGUUCAGUUUCACGAUAGGUUUAUGGUAUGCUGAUGGCUAGAUCAACUUACGAAGGAAUGAAGAUGUCUUCUGGAAAAAAACGGCCAUUUGUUCUCACUAGAGCCGGAUUUAUUGGUAGCCAAAGGUAUGCUGCUACUUGGACCGGGGAUAACCUAGCAAAUUGGGAGCAUUUACAUAUGAGUAUAUCGAUGGUGCUUCAGUUGGUAUGUUUUCUCCUCUUUUCAUUUUUAUCUAUAUAAAUGAAAUGCAUAAUGUAAAUCAUUAGCGGGACACUGACAUAUUUGUGAAAUUUAUGACCUGUCUUUCAUAACCUUGUUGUGGUGGUGUGUAUCUUAUAAUAUCAUAUUAUAGAGAAAUUAAAAGUUUUAAACUAGAAAAAAGUGUUCAAUGCUCCCUUAAAUAGAAACAUCAUUUUUCUAUUAUAUAAUUAACAAUUAUUUGAAGUAGAUUUUAUAUUUCUAGAGAAGUGAAUUCACUGUUGGUGUUUAUGCAUGUAUAAUUAUUCUAACUGUGGUUGAGUCAGAAGGCCAGAGCUUAUGAAAGUUAAACAUUUAUGCUAUAAUAGUGCCUUAUACUUUCUGACAACUAGGCAUAGCAGACUUCUGCAAUGGUAGCCUAGAAUCCAAAUUAUUCGAAUGUUUCCAGUCGUUUGCCUUAUUCCGUGAGAUAGUGCAAUUUUUUUUGGUCGAGUAGUAGUCAGAUAGGAGAGAUAUUGUUCUGUCAUCAGAAAGGUUCUGUGAGCCCAAUUGGCCAAUAUUCUUCUAUGCUUUUAGUGUGCAUAUUGAUAUCAUGCCAUGUAAAUAUUUCUUUCUGAUGCUAGAUAUAUUCUGGAGAAAAAAUCAAGCUUAAUGUCGGAAUCCAUUUAACAUGGUCAUUGUGAACGGAAAAGUAAUCAACUCAAUAAUAUUGACGUAGUUACUGUUGGUAGAGAGCUUGUUUUCUGAUGAAUGUCCUUUAUUUGUCUAGUUUAUUAUUGAUUAUUAUUUUUAAAAUAUCUUGGCUGAGAGAAGGGUGGUAGUCUCCUGAUGGAGUGGGGCUCUGAUGGAGCACGAACACCAGUCGAGCUCAACCUAUGUCUACUGUUUCAAGUGGGGCAGAGAAAUUUUUUAUGCCAUUCUGAUGUUGAAUGCACAAAGGUGUUGAUUACCUCUCGUAGAAGUGUGUAAAAAGGCCAAGAUGUUUGAAUAAUGUGCUGCAGUACGAGAAGAGGAUACAUCAAUAGCUUAAUUUACUUAUAUGGAUCUCCCAUUAAACAUGUGUUUUUCCUGAAAAAACACAUGUUUUUGUCUUUUAUUUGUACAUCCAUUAACUUUCUUUACUAUUUUUUCACUGACGUGUGUAGAAUUUUUAAACAAUUUAUGAUGUGCCAAAGUCUCCUACGAGUUCAUCACUUAUGUUUCUUGAUGUUUCAUUUUCCUGGGCAGAGUCUCAGUGGUCAGCCAUUAUCCGGACCAGAUAUUGGUGGCUUUGCUGGGAAUGCUUCUCCUAAGUUGUUUGGGAGAUGGAUGGGAAUCGGCGCUAUGUUUCCUUUCUCUCGUGGUCAUUCAGAAACUAAAACAGUUGACCAUGAACCAUGGUCCUUUGGAGAAGAGGUUCGUCCUUUACCAUUCUAUAUCAUAUUGUUGCAUUUUAUUGUGGAUAUAAAGUUAUUUUUUUUGUUGUUUUUUUGGAAUUGUUGAUGAAAUCAAUCUUCCUGUGAACAAAAUGUACCUGUAUGGAGGAAGGGGAAGAACAAGAAAAACAAGACAAAAUAGAUAAAAAUGUCUUGAUGUCAAAUUCCAUGACAAAGAAGUAGAGUUAUUUCCGGUAUAUAAAUUUAUAAUGCCUUACCACAUCAAUUUGGGAUCUUCGUAAAAGCUUAUGCCAACUUGGGGAUAAAGUCCCUUUUUACACCAAAGCCCAAUAAUCGUCCAAUUCAGCGGGAAAGUUGACUUUUAAAGUUUCCAGAGUCAGCAUUGAUGCUUUUAACUCUCAAUACUAAGCAUAGCGGUCAGCUAGAUGUAGAAGGUAUGUGAUUUGGUCAGAAUUGAGGCAAGUUUUUGCUGUCUUAUCCCGUUCAGAUCUUCCUCUAGGAAUGCCAGGGAAGACAAGCUGCUCAUGUACUUAUGUCCAAAUAAUAGAGGGUAGUCACUAUUAUUUGAGAGAGAGAGAGAGAGAGAGAGAGAGAGAGAGAGAGAGAGAGAGAGAGGUACAAUUUUUUGAAUGGAGUAAGGAAAGGAAGGACCGCAGCCUUUAUUUUUAUUCUGGUCAGGUGCUUAAAUAACUUUCAUCACUUGGGGAAACUUACGGAAGUGUUGAAUAUUGACCUUUUGAAAACAUACUGCCUCUACGAAUGUUCAUCAUUUGGUUUUUUAAUUCAGUCAGUAUGUCAUAUGACCAACCUUCAAAAUUUGCCGCUCUUAUACAUGGAGAAUAUAAUUCACAUAUCGUCUAAUCUUCCUUAAAAUGGGCUUCUUCAUUAACUCCACUAUGAACUUCAUCUCAAACUUUGAGAUCAGGUUCAUCGGAUAAACAUUCAAAUGGGCUUCAUUAUAGAAAAUUGUAAACUUGGCUUCAUCAUAUAGGUCCUCGAAUGAGUUUUGUCUCAUAAAGUUGUCAAUUAGGUUUGUUUUAUAAAGUCCAAGAAGGCUUCACCUUUGAAAUCAAUAAAUGGUUUUCAUCCCAUAAAUUAUCUCGGGGCUUAUGUAUGCAUUCAAAUUAGUAUAUGUUUAAUGAAAACGAAGUUUCAUUUUUUGGCAUCAUUUUUAAGAAAAACUAAUGCCAACUUUGGUUGGUGAGGAGGACUCAAAUCUAAGCUUUCCCUAGAAAGCUGAAUCCAUACGUGAGCUCGAGACAUAAUAAAUGCAAUAAAUUAUCUAAAGUUUAUUAAAGCGACAAAAGAUAACAAGUUGCUUCAGAAACCAUCUUAAAAAAUUCAUUUUCACUACGUUUCUCUUUCGAUUUAUUGUGUGCCACAAGACUUGCAAUGAAAGCCAAUUUACUCUGAAACUGUAGCAAUUUUUUCACUUUUGAAGUAAACCUAAGACGUAUAACAAAAAGCUAUAUUUCAUCAUUUCUAAGAUGGAUAUUUUUUUAGUUUACAUUUUUUCCGUUCACCGUUUUGGUUCUAUGUUAAAAUGUUUUGGUGGGUCUUGAAAGAGCUUAUAUUCACUGAAAAACUUUCUCAUUAUGAAUUUUAACAUCACUUUAUCCUUACAGUGUGAAGAGAUAUGCCGCUUAGCACUGCUUAGACGCUACAGGCUUAUCCCACACAUCUAUACUCUAUUUUAUAUGGCUCACACGAAGGGUACUCCUGUCCUUGCGCCCACCCUUUUUGCUGGUAUGGCUGGUGAUAUCUUUGGUACUUAAUGACCUUUAGAAGUCUAGUUCUCAUAGAAUGAUGGGUGAUUUUUUUCACACAGAUUCAAAGGAUCCACGUCUGAGAUCAGUGGAAAACUCUUUCCUCAUGGGUCCUCUUUUAAUAUGCACAAGGUAUUGGAUAAAUUAUCCUUCAACUUUUGUAUGCUCCGAGAAGAAUAACCCUGUCAAGAUAUAAUUCAAACAUAGGUAGCAGAAUAACACGUUUUUUGCCUGUUGUGUUUGUAAUAUCCUUCCGACUUUUGUAUGAUCCGAGGAUAAUAACCCUGUAGAGAUAUAUUUCCAACCUAGGUAGCAGGAAAACACAUUAUGCAUAUUGUCUUCGCAAGAUCUUUCAACUUUUGUAUGAUCCCAGAAGAAUAGCCCUGCCAAGACAUAUUUCCAACUUAGGUACCAGAAUAACACAUUUUUCAUAUUGUGCUUGUACACAGAUUAACCUGUUUCUAUUUUAGAAGUGAUAUACAAGUUCUAAUUGUUCAUGUUGACUAAGUAAUAAGAUCAGCUAAGCCUUAUUUGGCUACUCCAUACAUUAUUUCAGAUGUAUAUAGUUUAUUAUAUGUAUAUGAAACAAAAAAGAAGAAAUGACAAGAAAAAAUUGUGAUAUGAUUGAUAAAGAAGAAAAAUAUCUGAUAAUUCUCUUUCUAUGUUUCUCUAUGUUUUAAUUAUUUACAUGAAAUAUUAGCACAUAAUAGUUAUACUGAUUAGAGGAACACUUUCUUAUUGCCUUCUUUUUCUUAGCACUGUACCUGAAAAAGGAUCUGAUGAGUUGCAAUUCGUGCUGCCAAAAGGCAUCUGGUUGCGUUUUGAUUUUUGCGACUCACAUCCAGUAAGGACUCGCAACAAAUUUAUGUCUAAAGUUUUUAUCAAUAUGAUUUAUCUAGCUUAUAGGUUACGCUACUUUAUGGUAAUCAUUUCCUGAACACAGGAUUUGCCAAUUCUAUAUUUACAAGGGGGGUCAAUAAUUCCUAUGGGCCCCGCUAUUCAGCAUGUUGGAGAAGCAAAUCGAACUGAUGAACUGUUUCUAAUGAUUGCUUUGGACGAAAAUGGUAAUCUUCUGUUAUCAUGUACAAUCUUUCGGUUUUGAUUUUGAUUUAUUUUCAUUCGAAUUAAUUGUUAGUUUCACUAUUAGUGAAGAUGGUAAUGCCGAUAAACCCUUUUUUUCUUGUGUCACAAAUAGAUUCAUUUCCAAAACUUCUAUUUUAGUCUCAUUUCCUGCCCUUUGGGUUCUGUGAGACAUUGACGAGCGAAAGAGGAGUGAGAUUGUCUGCCUGAACAAUGGUGGAAGCCUUUUACCCACCUGCACGCCCCCCAUAAAAAAAUAAAAUAAAAAAGGAGAAGAGAAAAGAGAGCCUUCAAGAGCUCUGUUCUUAAUGUUUGAUUAUGAAACAAUAUUCUUCAUACCAUAAAAAUGAGCUUAGAUUUUUCUGAAAAUUCUAUAAAUUUAAUAAUGUCUUUUUUUUUUUAAAACUGUCAUUAUCUGUAAAUUUUUCUUCCUGAAAAUUAAUUUGCAAAGAUGCCCUAGAUUUUUCCAUGGAGAGAUAGGGCAGUCGAAAAUUGGUAUAGGCAUUUGCAUGUAUUUAAAACUAUGCAAGCAGGUUAUUCUUUGAAAUUCAUAAAAAAAAAUUCAGCCGAAAUAUUUUUUAUUUGUGAUUUUUUCAUUGUCUACUCGUUGAUUUGUGAAUUCUUCACGGAUAUCUUUUUGACAUAUCAAUCUCUUUGCCACACCUUUAAAUAUUUCAUGGAGCAUUGUUCUUUCCUUGAUCUAUUCUUCAUAAAGAAGAAGAAAAGGCCACGUUUUCAUGAAUUGUUGUUCUUAUUUCAUUUUCGACGCAUGAUUCUGCCUUGGAGAGGGAAAUAACGAGGUUCCCAGGGGAAUUUUUCUUUUAUAGCUCGACUUCUUGGCCAAAAGAGGAAAAAUCUCAUCUAUACAUUUUUGUUAUUGUUCAUGAAAAUAUAAGGUUUGUUUCCCAGGGUAGUCUAACACCAUUUCUUUCACAGGGAGAGCCGAAGGAGUUCUCUUCGAGGAUGAUGGCGACGGGUAUGACUUCAUCCGAGGGGGAUACCUUCUGACGUACUAUGUUGCCGAGCUUCACUCUUCAUCCGUCACAGUCAAAGUUUCUAGGGCUGAAGGGUCACUCGAGAGGCCGAAACGGGCCCUUCACGUGCAGUUAUUGCUGGGUGGGGGCGCCAUGGUACGUCUUUAGGAUUGCAGAUUCAAGCUUUAUGAAGUGGAUCCAAAACAUCCGGACACCUAGCUCUUCAUUUUUUUUAUUUUAUUUUAUUUUAUUUUAUUUCUAAAGCGCUUUAAUAAUUUUUUUUGUUGGUCCCCGGAGAUUCAUGCACGGGGAAAUGAUGGAGAGGAAAUUAAGUUUCCCAUGCCUUCCAAAGCUGAGGUUUCAGAAUUAGUCGCAGAGGGUGAAGAACAGUAUAGAACACUUAUCGGUAAUCCUCUUUUUCUCAGUACUUUAGAGUUAAAACCAAGCCUCCUCGAUUCCAUUUUCCUUCUUUGGAAUUUUCACAAACUGCAUUUGUUUACAAGUUGUCUCAAAAAAAAAUUUAUGCAAUGUAUUCUAUUUGUUACACUUUUUUUUUUCUGGAAAUAUUUCUUGCCACAUUAGUUUUUUCACUGGCUAAGAGAUUUUAUGAACCAUCUUCAUAAUACUGCUCGCGAUUAACAAUGGCGGGGUUUAGUUCAUCAUGCUGCCUUUUCUCGUCCUUGGGCAAGAACUGAAUAGGUUCUGAACUUUGAUGCUCUGUAUGAUUCUCAUGGUCAUGAAUGCAUGACCAUGAUAAUCCAGUUUCCUGGAGAGAGAUUCUUCAGAUUUAAGAACAGAAAAGGGUAAGUCAACUCAUUUAUACAUUCGCAGAUAUGCCAGCAAGGUUCAAAGUUGGCUCACUCUGACCACCCAUACCUGAAUGGGAAACAAUCUAGGAAUCCCACGCUGUUGGGCUUCCCUGAUGGGCAAUGAUUUCUUUUGGAAAUUCAGAUCCACAAUUAGCUAUUCUCUGUACCCUGUGGCACAUCCUAACUUAUGUGGCUCGAUGGGAUUUUAAUUUUCUGAGACAUGAAAUACCCCAGAUUUCUUGAUUUUUAUUUUUAUUUUUAAAAGUCAAACAACCUGUUCUCAUUUCUCCUCACAAUCUAAUGCUCUGCUGAUGAGUCGAUGGGAUUCUAAUUUUCUGAGACAUGAAAUACCCCAGAUUUCUUGAUUUUUAUUUUUUUUAAAAAGUCAAACAACCUGUUCUCAUUUCUCCUCACAAUCUAAUGCUCUGCUGAUGGGUCGAUGGGAUUCUAAUUUUCUGAGACAUGAAAUACCCCAGAUUUCUUGAUUUUUAUUUUUUUUAAAAAGUCAAACAACCUGUUCUCAUUUCUCCUCACAAUCUAAUGCUCUGCUGAUGGGUCGAUGGGAUUCUAAUUUUCUGAGACAUGAAAUACCCCAGAUUUCUUCACUUUUUUUAUUUUUUUUUGAAAAGAAAAGGUCAAACAACCCGUUCUCAUUUCUUCUGACAAUCUAAUGUUCUGCUGAGACGGCGAUCACAGAAAACGCUAGGCGCAUUCCAGACAUAGACUAUGCCUCAGAAAAGAAAGGCGUGGAAGUCACAAGGACCCCGGUCAAGAUGGAGCGCGGCGACUGGGUUCUUGAAGUGGUGCCCUGGAUCGGCGGCAGACUGAUCUCCAUGGUACAUUCCCCUUCAGGUAACUCCCCAGACUCGCCCAUGUCAGAAGCCCUUCUGGGACGUGGAAAUGGGUGGCCUUCUUUUGAAGGGUUGACCUUUUAUAACCUCGUUUGAGGGGCUGCGCAGGGAGUCAAUGGCUCGCAAGCAGGGAGGACUUUGGAGGGUACGAAGAAUACGGCGGGGCUGAGUACCGGUCCGCCGGAUGCUCAGAAGAAUAUACGGUCAUUCGGUAAAUAAUCGGGUCUCAUCCAUGGAAGAGCAGAGUAAGUUGCGGAGACCCAAUUCUGGAAUGCGUGUUUUGCAGGAGGCGAAUGGCGGAAUCUGGUGAAGAGUCUCUGGAUAUGGAAGGGGAUAUUGGGGGGGGGUUGACCCUCAAGCGGCGGAUAUCGAUCCCCAAGGAAGACCCCAAGGUCUUCAGGAUCGAGUCCUCAAUCGUAGCCCGCAGCGUCGGCGCCGGCUCCGGUGGAUUCUCAAGGUCUCUGAUCAGUAUCCCGACCGUGAAUCUAGAGCUCCAUCUCUCUCUCUCUCUCUCUCUCUCGCUGUUUAUACCUACACACAAAUUCAUUUCUGGGUUUAAUCAUCAUCAUCAUCAUCUUCUUCUUCCUCUCUCUCUCUCUCUCUCUCUCUCUCUCUCUCUCUCUGUAUACCCACUCACUAACUCAUUUCUGGGUUUCAUUAUCAUCAUCAUCAUCAUCUUCUUCUUCUUCUUCUUCUUCUCUCUCUCUCUCUCUCUCUCUGUAUAUCCACUCACACACUCAUUUCUGGGUUUCAUCUUCUUCUUCUUCUUCUUCUUCUCUUCUUCUUCAUCAUCAUCAUCAUCAUCUUCUUCUUCUCUUCUUCUUCAUCAUCAUCAUCAUCAUCUUCUUCUUCUUCUUCUUCUUCUUCUUCUUCUCCUCUCUGUCUGUCUGUCUCUCUCUGUGUUUCUGUGGGUAAUCAUUUUUUGUUGCAGGCUGAUGUGCCUACGAGUGCACCCGUCAUUCGCUCUCCUCCACCCCGCCGAGGUCUAUAUCUCCUUCACUUCUCUCGACGGCGAGAAGCGCGAGGUUUGGCCCGAGUCCGGAGAGAAGUUUCUGGACGGCAACCUCCGCCCCAACGGUAAUCACUCCUCUCUCCCCUCUCCCCCCCUCAUCGUCCUUCCAUGCACGACCACCUUUUCUCUCUCAGUUGACCUACCCCCCCCUCUCUCUACAUUUUCUCUCUCUGGGCAGGGGAAUGGAGGCUAGUGGACCCAUGCGCGGGGGUGGAGCUGGUCAACCGCUUCGAUGUCAGCCAGGUGGAGAGGUGCAUGAUACACUGGGGCAGCGGCACAGUCAACAUGGAGCUGUGGUCAGAGGAACGACCCGUCUCCAAGGUCACCCCUCUCGGGAUCUCCCACGAGUACGAGGUCAAGCAGUUGACCUAA